CACAACUCAAAUUCAAAAGAUGCUGUAACGGAUUUUGCCAGUUCUUGUUGUUCGUCGUUCGUAUUUAUUAUUUAGCGCAAUUAUCGCACUAAAAGUAGUGACUCACCCCAUUUUCAUUCGACCAACCCGUGCAACUCAACACUAACAUGUCGCAGUUCAAAUUUGUAACGGAAAUGAAGAACCUUGUCACCAUGGACGGACCUUUAACUAAGGGCCCUCCGCCUCGAUGGCAGCGAAAAGGCCAAGAAAACUACCAAUCCACCAGCAACUUGAGCAUCAACACCUCAAAGAAAUCCACCUCCAUGACGAAAACCCCGACGAAACUCAACGGAAGCGACUCCUUGAGAACGAAGAAAACCCCGUCAAAGACCCCAAGUAAGAACAAAUCGGGAAGUUCGACGACGCCGACACCAAACAAAACGUUGAAGACACCUGUAGCGGAUCGGUUUAUACCAAAUAGAAGCACAAGUAAUUUUGAUUUGGCGCAUUAUAAGUUGAAUCAGGAAGAGGAUACUUCGAACAGUCCUACACAGAAAGAACUGCAAAAGGUCAUGUGUGAGAAUUUGUAUGGGGGCGAUAUUGACUCGCAGAAAAUACUGUCAUAUAGGGUGAAACCACCAUCAGCCCCUGCUGGGUUUCAAAAUCCAAUGAGAGUGAUUUAUACACAGACAAAGACUCCUGCUUCAGUUAAGGGCAAUAAUAGGUAUAUUCCACAUGCACCUGAUAGGAUUCUGGACGCUCCAGAUAUUGUGGACGAUUAUUACUUGAAUUUGAUGGAUUGGAGCUCCGGAAAUGUUCUCGCGGUGGCUCUAGGGGCACAUGUAUAUUUAUGGAAUGCAGGAACUGGAAAUAUUGAAGACCUGUUAGAACUACAAGGCAAUGACUAUGUUUGCUCCUUAUCAUGGAUCCAAGAGGGCGACCAUCUCGCCGUGGGCACUACCAACGGAACUGUAGAACUCUGGGAUUGCUCUAAAAUGAAAAGACUGAGAGUAAUGGAUGGACACUCAGCCCGUGUGGGCUCUCUUUCCUGGAAUUCCUACAUCCUUUCCAGUGGUUGCAGAAGUGGCCAAAUUAUUCACCAUGACGUGCGACAAAGAGACCACCUCAUUACUACCUUGUCUGGACACACACAAGAAGUCUGUGGUCUCAAGUGGUCCCCUGAUGGAAGAUAUCUGGCCAGUGGCGGCAAUGACAACGUCUUGAACAUCUGGCAGGGCGUCACAGGGGGGCACCACACGAAUACAGAGCCCCUUCAUGUCUUCACAACGCACCAAGCGGCCGUUAAAGCUCUCGCCUGGUGCCCCUGGCAGCCCCACGUGCUGGCCAGUGGUGGAGGCACUGCUGACCGACAUAUAAGGUUCUGGAACUGCAAUAUAGGGUCUUGUGUGAAUGCAGUUGACACCAGAUCUCAAGUUUGCGCUUUGCUAUGGAGCUCCAAUUAUAAAGAGCUUAUCUCAGGACAUGGCUUUGCUAACAAUGAGUUAAUUAUAUGGAAGUAUCCAGCUAUGACCAAAGUGGCUGAAUUGACAGGACACACCGCAAGAGUUCUCCAUUUAGCGAUGUCGCCUGAUGGUAGCACAGUUCUCUCAGCAGGGGCUGAUGAAACUCUGAGAUUAUGGAAAUGUUUUGUUAAGGAUGUGUCGAAAAGUAAAGGCGCAGGGGUGCAGUUACGAGAGAAACCUAGCGUUUUAAAACAGUGUAUUAGAUAAGUUUAUGUAUUGUGAUUAAGUUUUGUAAAUUAUGUGACUACCAAUAAAGUAUUUUUGGAAAAAA